AUGGUAAUGACAAAAGACACGGGAAAGCAGAAGAGCAAAGAAGCAGGCCAAAACGAGUCUGCAAAUGCAACGGGGGGAGGAGGAGUGGCGGCCGUGACGGGAACCGUGAGUCCUCCUCCGCGAAGAUUCGAAGACUUUCUGUCUGCAACCCGGGUCCUCACCCUUUUUUACUUGCAGGUUGGAGCUGUCAUCGGAGGAGUUACACGCACGGGUAGGUCUAACAUUCAUGGUGUGUGAUAUCUUGGUCUAAUGCGACGAGACAUACGCGUAGCCGGUGGCCUGAUCGGAUCCACGGGCCGCGCUCUGGGCGGCACCGUCAACAACGCCUCGGGAACGAAACCCAUCGGCAAUGGAUUGACGACCGUCACGGAAGGGCUCGAAUACGGCGUCGCGGGCCUCUCGCGUGGCCUGGAGGAUUUGUCGGCUGGGAAGCGGCCGGGUUCGACGGAUUCGGAAUGGGAUCAUCGUCGGAUGCCAUAG